UAGAGUGGGCGGGGCAUCUCGAUCGGGGAUGAGCUUUAAACAUGAGAGCAUAACCUUAGGGUUGUGUUCCCUAUCACUACAGUCCGUUUCAAACUCAAAAAGCGCUUCCAGCUGCGGGGGUGUAUGAGGAGCAUCAGUGUAAAGAGUCGUACCUCGAUCAGGUAGCGAAGGAGGUAAAAGUAGGAGUGGAAGAGGGGGGGGCUGUGGUUGGAUUUAGUGAAAGAAAACAAUAUGGCCGCGGUGGAACUGGAAUGGAUCCCUGAGACCCUGUACAACACCGCUAUCUCAGCUGUGGUAGACAACUACGGCCGAUCGCGACGGGAUAUUCGCUCUCUGCCUGAAAAUAUACAGUUUGAUGUGUACUACAAGCUUUACCAGCAAGGCCGGCUCUGCCAGCUGGGAGGGGAGUUUUGUGAGCUGGAGGUCUUCGCUAAAGUCCUCAGGGCCUCUGACAAAAGGCACCUCUUACACCACUGCUUCCAGGCUCUGAUGGACCACGGUGUGAAGGUCGCUUCAGUCCUGGCCAACUCCUUCAGCCGCCGAUGUUCAUACAUCGCAGAGUCAGAUGCGCACGUGAAAGAGAAAGCUAUACAGUUUGGCUUUGUUUUAGGUGGCUUUUUAUCAGAUGCCGGUUGGUAUGGAGAUGCAGAGAAAGUCUUUCUGUCUUGUCUCCAGCUGUGCACAUUACACGAUGAGGUUCUUCACUGGUAUCGUGCUGUGGAGUGCUGUGUGAGGUUACUUCAUGUGCGUAAUGGCAACUGCAAAUACCACCUGGGAGAAGAGACUUUCAAACUGGCCCAGUCUUACAUGGACAAACUAGCCAAACACGGCCAUCAGGCUAAUAAGGCUGCCCUGUAUGGAGAAUUAUGUGCCCUGCUAUUUGCCAAAAGCCACUAUGAUGAGGCUUAUAGGUGGUGUAUAGAGGCUAUGAGGGAGAUCACUGUCGGCUUACCUGUGAAAGUAGUAGUUGAUGUUCUCAGACAAGCCUCUAAGGCUUGUGUUGUUAAGCGGGAGUUCAGGAAAGCUGAACAACUGAUAAAACAUGCAGUUUUUUUGGCACGGGAACAUUUUGGGCACAAGCACCCAAAAUACUCAGAUACACUACUAGAUUAUGGAUUUUAUCUCUUAAACGUGGAUAAUAUCUGCCAGUCAGUGGUCAUUUACCAGAUUGCACUCGAUAUUCGGCAAUCCGUGUUUGGAGGAAAGAAUAUUCAUGUUGCAACUGCACAUGAGGACCUGGCGUAUUCGUCCUACGUCCAUCAGUACAGCUCUGGAAAAUUCGAUAACGCACUAUUCCACGCAGAACGUGCCAUAGACAUCAUAACUCACAUUCUCCCUGAAGACCAUCUGCUUCUGGCCUCGUCCAAGAGGGUGAAAGCCCUAAUCCUGGAGGAGAUUGCCAUCGAUUGUCAUAACAAAGAAACAGAGGAACGCCUCCUGCAGGAGGCCCAUGAUCUGCACCUCUCCUCUCUCCAGUUGGCCAAAAAAGCCUUCGGAGAGUUUAACGUUCAGACGGCGAAACACUACGGCAACCUGGGCCGCCUCUACCAAUCCAUGCGCAAAUUCAAGGAGGCAGAGGAGAUGCACAUCAAGGCCAUUCAGAUCAAGGAGCAGCUGUUGGGACAGGAGGACUAUGAGGUGGCUCUGUCAGUGGGACACUUGGCCUCGCUCUAUAACUAUGACAUGAAUCAGUACGAUGAUGCCGAGCGCCUCUACUUGCGCUCCAUCGCUAUUGGCAAGAAGCUGUUCGGGGAGGGUUACAGUGGACUGGAAUAUGACUACAGAGGCCUGAUAAAACUGUACAACUCAGUUGGAAACUACGAGAAGGUCUUUGAGUACCACAAUAUUCUGUCCAACUGGAAUCGUUUAAGGGACAGGCAGUUUGCAGUAGCCAACGCGCUGGAGGACGUCAACACAAGCCCGCAGGUCACAGAGCAGGUGGUGCAGUCUUUCCUGCUUUCCCAGAGCCACGGUGCCGGACGCUCCUGCUUGGGCUAACGGCUGGGAAGCCUAUCGCACUGCCCACCUGAAACAUAUAGAUGUGCACAUCCACCCACAUUUCACUCCUUCACACCCAUUUAUUCACAAGUAGUCAAGACGGGCAGGGAGUGUGA